GAACACAGAUAAUAUCUUCAGACUGUUUAAAGAACAGGAAAAAUUGGACAAUUAGCAUUGAAAAACGUUCGGCAACGACUGUGCUGAAAGCAUCGGGGUAGCCUGUCGUGCUCCUCCAACGUGCGAGUGACGUCAGAACUAGUCCACAGCGCAGACCGCUCACUCGAAAGAGCGUAGACGAACCUGCAGCUCACCGUCGCGCACACGCAGCCUCAGAACACAGCGCAGGUUUAGCUCGCAGCCCUAGUCGCAGGGACAGCGGGAGAGCAUGUGCCUGGAAACAGUGGGCGUGUGGCUGCGGUCGUGGGUGGUGCAGGCCAAGGCGAGGUUUCGUUACCGCAUCGACAAGGCUCACGCGGCCAGAGCCAGGAAGCGCUGGAUCAAGCGCCAGAAGUCGGUGAUAAGGGCCAAUUAUCAGCAGGAUUGUCACAGCGAUCCUCUGGACCACCUGGGGCACCAUCCCUACAAGCCCACUACCUAUGUGUCCGACAGCGAGGACGAGGAGUGUAGGCUCACCUACAACUCGGAUCAGGGCGUCGGUGUGCUGUCGCCGCAGCGGCUGAGUCAGCGCCUGAACGAGAACGCGCUGGCCCGGGAGGCGGUGGGCGAGAGCGACGCGGAGCUGGCUCAGUAUCUCAAGGACGAGCGUAUCGCCCUCUUCCUCCAGAAUGACGAGUUCAUCAACGAGUUAAGGACCAACCGGGAAUUCAUGACGGCGCUGCAAGAAGAUUAUCAGUCGGAAGCAGCGGACGAUGAGGAAGUGGAUGGAACAGAGGUCAAGGGGCAGUUAGCACACCUUGAUGAUGCUACGCUCAGAGAGAGAAUUGCCACAAUGGGUAAAGCCUCAAGGAAAAAAUUUGCACAGAUUGCUAAGGUCUUUUCACGACGUAAGCGCAGUGGAGGGAGAAGCCUCCUCCCCAGCACAGGGAGGGAACAGCUCCUUAUAUCAGCUGAUCCUCUCAUUGAAGACGAUGAUGAUGACAGGCAAUUGCAGCAAGUGGAGGGAAAUAUGGCAGCUUCCCCAAGACACCUUCGGUAGAGGUAUGUAAAUGAUACCUGUGAUGCAGUUACAGGACCACAACCUCAGCAUGGAAAGAUCAUCUUGUGCUUAAGAUGUGACAUUGCUGUGGGUUCUGAACAACUGGCAGCGAUCAAUUUUGGAGAAAAGGAUGAGCGUGUUUGGGUUGGGCUUUCAGAGGGACUCCACUCAAGGCAUAAUAGUGUACCUCUUGAAAGUUUACAUAUAAUAUGAUUGUUUUUUCACUUUGAGAAGCAUGUUGAUUGUUUUCUGAAUGUUGUAUUGUGAUGCAGUGAAACCAAAGCAUUUUUAAUCUGAGUUAUACCUUAUUAGUAAGUUAGUUUCAUUAUCAGUUACACUUCAAGUAUGAGGAACACGUCUUUUCAUUUCAGUGUUACAAUAUAAUCAGGGCAUUUAUCAUAACACUUGGUUGUACUUUAUGUAGUCAUGUCUGUGACAGAAGUAUGAACUACAGGUGAAAGUCUGAAUAUGAAUAUUUUCAUUGAAUGUUCAUAUGAAACUUUAGUCAGAAUAGCUAUCUAAUCUUUCACCUCGGUUAUCAAGAGUUCUCAGUAUACCCAAGUUCUCUUUUCCCUGUGGGAACGAAAUCUGAAAGUGUUAAUGACAUUUUAAGUAGAGGCAUGGGAAUUGUAUUUUUUAAUAAGAUGAUGUGAAACAAGGUAUGAGCGAUACUUUUUUGUAUAAUUGAAGAGAAUUUUAUAAUGAUAUUAACUGGCAAUUUAAUAGAAGAUUGGUAAAGUUUAUGUUGUAAUAUAUAUUAAAAAGGAAAAUGUAUAAAUUAUAUUUCUAGUAUAUUGCAUAUAGGUAAGUUGAGACAGUGUUUCCCAUGAUUGGAGUAAACAUUGCUUAUAGAAUGAGCAACAAGCCAGAAAUGGAAAAGGAGUUGUGCUUAGAUAGAUGGUUACAAGGAAAGGAUUAUUAGCUAGCUUGUAAUAGCCAGGCAGUUUAUGCUCUUAUGCCAUUAUUCCUGUAUGGUAGAACUUACAGCCUUUGUUGGCCAUGGUUACCACAGCAAGAUACAAGUCAAAUUUUUUUUCUUUUACUGUGUGCAAAUGUCUGUGCUACUGGUUGAGUCACAAUAUUAUGGUCAUUUGACGUGUGAUAUAGAUUAUACUCAGUGCCAAGACUAGUGGAUAAUGAUUUUAUGAUAAGUAUAAACCCUUUUCUUUUAAGUGAAAUACCUGUUAUCACUGAUGCUACUAUAAUGUAGGACAAUAACCCUUUAUUUUUUAUCCAUCAACUGAUAAAAUCUUCCAGUUUUCAUAAAGAAAUUUUAUGAUAUUAGAUACUUUUGUUUAUUUUAUUUAACAUCAAGUAGAAUUGAUUAAUAAAACCUUUGCAUAUGUUUUUGAUAUAACAGACUUCUUAUGAAACUAAAACUGUAGAAUUAUUAUUUUGAGAAUUAUACUGUGAUAUGCAAAGGAGAUUGAAACAGAUAGACUGAUAUGGUGAUGAAGGUCAGUUUCCUUUUCCACUUUGUUUGUUUGUCUGUUUGUUUGUCAGUUAGGUGGACAGUACUAAAAUAUUUGUGAGUAUGAGAAGGAUAUGCUCUCAUAUAAAAUAUUUUUCAUGUUGGGAAAACCUAAGUUGCAGAUUGUUUUCAGAGGCAGACUGUGAUUUAGGAUUUUUAUGAAAGAAAUUUUAACCAUCCUUUUUUUCACCCCUUCAUAAAGCUCUUUAAGUUAAUGACUGAGAAUAUCACUAAUCUGUUAGUCACUUUUGUUACUGAUAUUGCAUAAACAUGUGUGAAAUUAUAUUAAUUGUAUUUCAGUGCAUAAUUAUAUGUUAUAGAUGUUAUAGAUAUAUUCAGUUUGAAAUGAGAAAAGGCACAUGAGUUAUUUCACAGCCUAAUGAAUUUCAGCCAGUAUUAGUCAGAACUCUUAAAGAUAUCAUUUAAUUGUUAUGUUCCAAUUUUCAUUCAUAACCUCAUGAAGUGUGUGUGUGUGUGUGUGCAUGUUGGUGUGGGUGUGGAUGUGGGAGCAUACAUGCAUGCAUGGAUGCAGCAUAUAUAUGUGUGUGUGCGUGCGUGCGUGCGUGCGUGUGCAUGAAUGUGAGGCACGGGCAUGUAUCUCUGGUUGGGUUUGAUUGUGUGAAGAUAUGCAAGGGAAGUAUUUGUGUUUUUAGAUGUCUGUCUAAGCCUGUCUGUGUUUACAUAUAAAUAUACUGUACAUAUCCAUAUAAUCUAAACAAAAACAUAUAACCUAAAAAUUGACAUAUACUUAAGAAUAUACUUGAAAGUAGAAGUAUGUUUAUGUGUGUAUAUUUUUUACAAUAGUUUACAACAUUCUUUGUUUGAGAGUGUAUAGCUCAUUAUUGUAUAUUCUGUUCAGCAUGUAGAGGUUUCUGACAUGUAAUUUCUUAGAUAUCAUAAUGCACUGUUAAAGAGAAUGAACCAUAAACUGAUAGGUAUUCAAACAGCUGGUAUGGGUACAUAUGAAUCAGAAUGAUAUGUGUGUAUUUAUUUGACUGGACAAACAGACUGUUGUGAAUUUCACAAAGUAAAUAUAUCUUGAGUCUGUUAAAGGGGAAAACAUUUAAAGUGUUAGACUGGAUGGUCCAUGAGUAUUUCUGUGGCCAUGUCCAGAAAACUUUAAUUGGCAUUACCUCUUUAUCAGUUCUCUAUCUCUUAUCUUUUCAGGUUUUGUUUUAUAGUUGCUUUAUGUGUAGUUAACAGUGAUAUGCAGUUGUAAUAUUUUACUUUAAAUAAGUCAUAUUGUAUAGCAAAACUGUACCUGCCACAUUAAACAAAAAAUUAGUGAAAUUAAAGAAGUCAACAUUUCUGGUUUCUAAUUGCAUCUUCCAUAUGCAGUAACUGCUCAAGCUAUAGCUGAUUCUUUUGACUUUCACAGUCUAGGGAAUUUUUGAGUGGAAGAAAGAAAUAAGAAUAUUCAAUUUGUCUCUGACUAGUCCUACAGUGUACAGUUGAUCAUGCUAAUUUAUCAGGGUGUUUGCAUCUGAUUCACUAGAAUGCUAGUUUUAAAAUGUAUCACAGAAAGAAUUGCUGAACAAUUUUUUUAAUACAAGUGCUUAGUGACAGCUAUAUAUAACUUCUCUUGGUUUGAAAAAACAGUACUUGAGUAAAUAGGAGUGGAAAUUAUGUAUCAUAUUGGUUACAGUAUUAGAACAAUUUUAUUUCAUAGAUAUAAUAAAAGCUUAUCAGAAACAGUUCCUAAUUUAUUGAUACUUUCUUUUAUUGCAUAUCAAGUGUCAUUAAGUCAGUCUUUAUCCUAAUGAAGGGAAAUUAUUAUAACAUUAGAUUUUCAUAAUUUUCUAAAUUUAGACAUAUCGAAGAGGUCAAUUUCUUCAGCUCAAAUCAUUGUAUAAUUGGAACCUUUGAUUACAACACAAACAUAUUUUUGUCUGUAAUACUUUUAUUGUUUUUCAAUAAAGCAAAUUCAAAACAAGGCCUAAGUACGGUUUGGAAGACACUCGGUAUACUGCACUGUGAAGUGGUAAAGAAUGCUUUUUGUUUUAUCAACUUUCUAACUAUGUAGAUGUUUGAUGAUUUUGUUAUAGAGUAUUCAGUAGAAAUUGUAAUAAAAAUAUUUUGUAAACAUAUUGAAUUUGUGAUAUUCUUUGUGAUAAAUAGUUAAAUUGAUACUUAAAGCUAUCUCUUGCACUUUAACAAGAUGAAUUUUCUAUAAUCCAGUGGAACUAUGACAACAGUGAAUGAAUAUUAGAGUAUCUUACUAGAUACACAAAGUAUUUUACUACUUAAAUUUAUUAAAAUAGUUAAAAUUUUGAUAAGAUAGAUUUCCUACUUAAUGGAAGUUAGAAUCUGUGAACCCAAACUGGAGUAUUAUACUGGAGAAAGAACACCAUUUACUGUUGUAAAUUAGUAUGAGUAUGAAUGGGGAGCUCAUGGUGUGUGUGUGUGUGUGUGUGUGUGUGUGUGUGUGUGUGUGUGUGUGUGUGUGUGUGUGUGUGUGUGUGUGUGUGUGUGUGUGUGUGUGUGUGUGUUUGUAUGUAUUUGUGUGUGUGUGUAAGUGUGUGUGAGUAAG